AUGAGUGAUCAAUCUUAAUACUUGAAUAAAAGUGUCAAAGUGGUUUGUUCAGACAACAGAGUCCUCUAUGGAGUGCUGUCAAGUAUCUCCUCGCCUUUUUCUAUCAUACUCCAACAUUCUGUUGCUACUCACCCAUCACCCUUGGAACUCGAUAUUGAAUUUGAUUACAAUCCCUAAUACUUAGCCAAAUAUUUUACAAAUGACGAAUCUCUUAGAGAAGCGUACAAUAAUUACAAUAAAGCAACUGAAGAGACAAAAUAAGAAUUGCAAUAAAAGGUUGAUGAAGCAAAAGCAUUCAAUGAUCUAUUUAUGAAAGACAAAUAUUAUGUUGGCAGUGUUGCCAUACCUGGAGAACAUAUACAAAAUAUCAUAUUAAUCUAGUGA